GGCGGCGGCGGCGGGUCAAGGCCGCGGCGCCACCAUGUCGGUGCGACAGGCACUGGGCCGGGGCCUGCAGCUGGGCCGAGCGCUACUGCUGCGCUUCACGGCCAAGCCUGGCCCGAUCUAUGGCUGGGGGCGGGCCGAGCGGCCGGGCCCGGCGUCGUGUUGGGGCCGAGGAGAGCGCCCAGGCCCGGCCGCUGGGCCCGGUGCGGAGUCGCGCAGGCUCGGGCUCCCCAACCGCUUCCAAUUCUUCCGCCAGUCGGUGGCCGGGCUGGCGGCGCGGCUCCAGCGGCAGUUCGUGCUGCGGGCCGGAGGCGGUGCGGGCCCUUGCGGCCGGGCUGUCUUUCUGGCCUUCGGGCUGGGGUUGGGCCUCAUCGAGGAGAAGCAGGCGGAAGGUCGGAGGGCAGCCUCGGCCUGUCAGGAGAUCCAGGCAAUUUUUACCCAGAAAAACAAGCUGCUGCCUGGCCCGUUGGACAGUAAACGCUGGCAGGGCUUCCGGCUGGAGGAGUAUCUUAUAGGGCGAUCCAUUGGCAAGGGCUGCAGUGCUGCUGUGUAUGAAGCCACCGUGCCCAUGGUGCCCCAGAACCUGGAGGGGGCAGAGAGCAGUGGGCUGCUGACAGGGAGAGGCCCAGACAUCAUUCCACAGGGGGAAACUGAGGAGUGGACGGCCCAGCCCUCUGCCUUUCCUUUAGCCAUCAAGAUGAUGUGGAACAUCUCGGCGGGCUCUUCCAGCGAAGCCAUCUUGAACACAAUGAGCCAGGAGCUAGUCCCAGCGAGCCGAGUGGCCCUAUCUGGGGAGUAUGGAGCAGUCACUUACUGGAAAUCCAAGGGAGGCGCCAAGCAACUGGCCCCUCACCCCAACAUCAUCCGGGUUUUCCGUGCCUUCACCUCAUCUGUGCCGCUGCUGCCGGGGGCCCUGGUCGACUACCCCGAUGUGCUGCCCCCGCGCCUCCACCCCGAUGGCCUGGGCCACGGACGGACGCUUUUCCUCGUUAUGAAGAACUACCCCUGUACCCUGCGCCAGUACCUUCGCAUGGCCACUCCGAGCCCCCGCCUGGCCACCAUGAUGACCUUGCAGCUCCUGGAAGGGGUGGAUCAUCUGGUUCAACAGGGUAUCGCACACAGAGACUUAAAGUCGGACAACAUCCUGGUGGAGCUGGACGCAGACGGCUGCCCCUGGCUGGUGAUCACCGACUUUGGUUGCUGCCUGGCAGAUGAGCGCAUCGGCCUGCAGCUGCCCUUCACCAGCUGGUAUGUGGAUCGGGGCGGAAACGGCUGCCUGAUGGCUCCCGAGGUGUCCACGGCCUGUCCUGGCCCCUGGACGGUGAUCGACUACAGCAAGGCAGACGCCUGGGCAGUGGGAGCGAUCGCCUAUGAAAUCUUCGGGCUCUCCAAUCCCUUUUACGGCCAGGGCCGGGCCCACCUGGAAAGCCGCAGUUACCAAGAGGCUCAGCUGCCGGCACUGCCCGAGUCAGUGCCUCUGGAUGCAAGACACCUGGUGAGGUCACUGCUCCAGCGAGAGGCCAGCAAGAGACCAUCUGCCCGAGUAGCUGCAAAUGUGCUUCAUUUAAGCCUCUGGGGUGAACACAUCUUAGCCCUGAAGAAUCUGAAAUUAGACAAGAUGGUUGGCUGGCUCCUCCAACAAUCAGCUGCUACUUUGUUGGCUGACAGGCUCACAGAGAAGAGUUGUGUGGAAACAAAAAUGAAGAUGUUAUUUCUUGCCAACCUGGAGUGUGAAGCCCUCUGCCAGGCAGCCCUCCUCCUUCAGUCCUGGAGGGCAGCCCCGUGAUGGCUCUCCAUGUAGCUGAAUUACUAAAAGAACUUAGCAGCAUCUGUGUCAUGAUGGUCUGAGUGCUGAGGGAGGGGGCUCUAAGGUGCGAGAGGGUGAGAGUCAGGAGAAAAGAUGGCGCAGAGAGGGCUGGUCAACCCCACAGAAGGCCUCAUGCUUGGCAAAUGUAGAAGGAACAAUUUAAGUCAAGGUGCAUGGUCUGUAGCUACUAAUUAGCUGUGCAGUUUUGAAUGAAUUCUAUAACUUGUGUGGCCUAAAAGUUCUCGUCUGUAAAAUGAAGAAAUUGGUCUAAUCAGGAGUUGGCAAACUUAUAUAGAGGGCCAGAUAGUAACUAUUUAGUCUGUCACAGCUACACAGCUCUCAUUGCAGCAUGAAAACAGCCUUAAAUAUGUAAAUAAGCAAGUAUGGCUAUGUUCAAGAAAACUUUUUGUGGACACAAAUUUGAAUUUCAUGUGUAACAAAAUACUCUUUUAAUUUCUUCAACCAUUUAAAAAUGUAAAAAACCAUUUUUAGUUUGUUGGCCAUAGAAAACAGCCAGCAGUCUGGAAUGGCAGGAGGCCAUAGUUUGUCAACCCCUGGUCUAGAUGAAUUCAAAGAACUCAACUUAAAAAAAAAAAAAAUUGCCAACUCAUCAUUAGGCCCCUUUGUAUACCAGUGCUUAGAUGUGAUUAAGAUUAUCCCUGUGGAGAAGCCAAAGGAAUAUGAGUUCUCAGUAUCAGCUGAACAGAUCCACUCAAAUAUAAUUGCUGACCAAACACUCUGUCUUAAACCCAUGCUUUGUCCUCACAGGCCUCUGGAAAGGUAAUAAUGACUGAGCUGGGCUGUGAGAUGAGGUUGGUCUGAGGAGGGUUAUACCACAUAUGUUCUACACUGUAGACCAAGGCAGUGGCUGUUAGCGGCAGAGCUCUACUUUGGCAUUGGCCCCUAGGUCCAGAAAUGGCCUGUCGGUCGUGUGAAAGGGGAAACCAUGUCACCAGUCCACACACAUCACCUGGGCUGAGGCAGAUAUUUGCACAGGUCAACACAGUCAAAUACUAGAUCGCAACAACAGCGAAGUGAGGCCUGAGAAGCAGGCACCUCUGCACUUGUCAGGCAUUCUGGACACCACUAGGGACAGAGCAUUUUUGCAAAAGCAUUUCCAUAGAGCUCUUUCAGCUACUGAUUGACCCUAGCAUAGCUGUCAUAACUGAUGAAAUGGAAACUAACAGUGUGGUAUUGUAAACUGGAUCUUCCUUUUAACUUAUAUUUCUUACAAGAAUAGAAAUUUAUAACUACAGAAUGUAUAUGUGCCUCAAACUGAGUAUCUGGAUUUAAGAGUGAUUCUUACUAUGCCCUAGAAACCAGAAAGCUUUGUGGGUAGAUAUCAACAAUGGGGAAAGGAUUUCACAUAUAAUUUUACACAUACUUUUUAGGAAUAGAGUCCUGGUGGCGCAGUGGUUAAGAGCUCAGCUGCCAACCAAAAGGUUGGCAGUUUAAAUCCACCAGCUGCUCCUUGGAAACCCUAUGGGGCAGUUCUAGUCCGUCCUAUAGGGUCUCUGUGAGUUGUAAUUGACUAGAUUGCAACAGGUUUUUUCAGGAACACACCUACUGCCUAAAGCAAGCAAGGUGAACAUAUAUUUAAGGUUCUUUUCAACCAAGUAAUUCUAUAAUCCUGUUACAAAGCCAGGAACCCUGGUGGCACAGUGGUUAAGCAUUUGGCUGCUAACCAGAAGGUCGACAAUUCGCAUCCACCAGCUGCUCCUUGGAAACCCUAUGGGGAAGUUCUCGUCUGUCCUGUAGAGUUGCUAUGAAUCAGAAUCGACGCACUGUCAUCCUGGGUUUUUUGUUUCAGUGGUCCUCCCCCAGUGCAUUUUUAACCGUAUUUUAUCCCUUGAGAAGCUAGGAAGCUCUAGCAUUUCAUAGUUAAAGAAAAAACACUUCAGCCGUUGGCAAAAUGAAAAGCAGCCACUUAAUUACUCCCACUCAUUACCAAACAGUGUCCCCACACUAGCAAAGCACAACAGGGGCCAGAUGACGUUUGAGGAUGACGUUUCUCUUUAUUUUAGAAAUGAGUGACUACAUAUACGAAAAAUGCCCUUCAACAGUCCAAGGUGGAAAACUUAGGUAAACGGUGUUCCCUGACCCCCACCUGUUGGUACUCAAUGCUGUAUCUCCCACUGAGGUAAGGCUGUGCCAUUGUCCCAAGGCUUAAAAAAAAAAAACCAUUAAAGGGGGAAAAGAAAAAACAAUAAAAACCCUCUUU